AUGGCAUCUGGACUUACAUUUACUCAAACCAAGCCCGUUCAGUUUACCGACGAUCAAUAUUCCGCUCCCAGCACGGAGCAAGACUACCAAGACUCCAACGGAUGCCCAUUUGGCUAUCUACCAGCUGAGCACUUCGGACCAGAUGGUCAGUUGGACGCCUCGUCUUACCCGGGUGCUUACAUGCAAGACAACACAUCCGGCUACAGCAAUAUGGGCAAGCAAGGCUACUCUAGCGUGUCUAGUCAAAUGGGGCCAAAACAAGCUGAUGCUACCUCUAUAGACCAGGGACUCGAUCAAUCCGAGCUCAGAUUUUAUGCUGGCCUUGUGAGGGAAAUGGCAGAGAUGAACGGUACUAGGCAGGGUUCAAGCUGCAUUCCUGGGCCCCAAAGUCCCACUGCCAUGCCGGUUCAAUUGGCGGCGGAACCACAGGCCAGUGCCAAUGUACCUGGUCCUCAAGGUUUCGUUGCCAUGCCGAACGAGAGGGUAGCAGGGCCAGAGGAUCAGGACGACCUGCAGCUUUGGGAUGGUGGGGUGAGUGAAUGGAAAGCAAUUGGAGCUCAUUUUCACCCAACCUCUACGGUUCAGUAUGCAAACAUCGUGUCUGGCCUUCAGGUUCCUGAUCCCACAAAUUACAUGGCAGUGGAACCACUAAUUAAUACCGAGGCAAUGGGCCAGGAUAGUUCUCCACCUACGCCUGCUUUCAUCAGGGAUUGGAAAGCACGUGUGGAAGCUCACGUGGCUCGCCAGAAAUCUAAGGAGAGAAACUGUUUACGCAAAUUGCUUCGCUCCCGAAGGUCUGCUGGUGUGGGGACAAUGGUGAACGGCAGGGCUUUUACAGACAUGUCUAGUGGAAUGGGACCAGGAUUACAAACUGGUACCAACUAUAUGGGCCAGGGUUUUAACACACCUGGUCAUUUCACUGACAUGCCUACUGGAGUGGCGGGAGAAGCCAGCAUUACCGGGCACGGUGUAAAUCCUCAACCCAGCCCUACAUGCGUGUUCCAGAAUCACACCCCCGGCAACGUUAACCGGACACCGCCACAACAGAACUUGCCUAGCCCCAACCGCAAGAGAGCCGCUUCCACGACUUUCGUGAUGGAAGACCCAAGUUCCCCGCUUGAAAAACGAGCUCGUUUCAGCAGCGAUGAAGAUGAGCAAAAAGCAAGGAAGGAACAACGGUUAAUGAAGGAGGCAGGAGGCUCGUGUCUGUGGUGCUACCGCAACAAGAAGAAGUGUGGUCCCAUGAGCCCAUGCUCAAAUUGCGAGUCUAAUGGAUUCCAAUGUAUCCGGGAUGCUGCACAGCUGAGCCUGUCAUCAGCUAGCAACGCGACAGGGAGCACUACAGGCAACGAGCAGACUGUUGACAUCUUCCGCCAGCUACGCGACACAGCCAUGCGAUCGCCACCGCAAGCUAAUAUCGACGUCAAGUUCAGGCAGCCAAGAACGGGGUCGGUUGCGUUCUGGUCCGCCAGUCUGCCUCGUGUUGAGCCAUUUUCCCCAGGCUACGUGAAUGAGCAACUUGUUUCGGCGUUGCUGGGGUUGGUCCAGUCACCGAGAUUGGGCUGGAUCGAGAACGAGACGGCACAACACCCACUCGUCCUCUCAGCAUCGGCCAUGUUUAGACUCCUCUCCAUCAUCAAGUCCCUGCUCAGAGGGCAAGUUUAUGUCCGUCCAGCUGAAACAGACGCAGGGAGGAUCACGGCGCUUUACAUACUGACAGCCUGCAUCCAGAGCCUCCGUGAAAGAUCACAGGCCUUUUCCUCCAAACUCUGCGAGGCAGUCCGCCACAAAAACAAACCUGGUUUCGAUAGCAGGAACCCGACCAAGAAACCCCUGAAUCCAGAGUGGGUUGCAACAGGCCUCUACUACCGGGUCAUCGACGGGCUCCGGACCAUGCAACCAUUGCCCUUUCUGGAAAAGGCCCUCGGUGACGUCUCCCACCUGCACAACCACCCAGCCAACGUCUGGAGCGUGUUGCACUGGCUCCCUGUGUUCACAGGCAAGCUGAACAGUAAGAUUGAGGUCCACGGCAUUUUCCACGAGCACAUCCCCGUCCUGGAAGAGCAGUGGCCGCUCGACGUCGCACUGUUACCAGGUAAUAAUGCCAACGGCCAACAGCUACCUCCUACAGUGAUGCAGCGAGUAGCGGAGCCGUUCUGGGGGUCAUCGUACAACAUGGAGACCUUUUUGGAUGAUAACUUCAGCUUCCUGCCUGCCGUCACCACACCUACGCCUCCCACCACAACAACCAGCAACGGCAACACUAACCAAGUAAGUGUACCGGACCUGGACUGGGACUCCUUUUUGGACUUUGAAGGAUUUCAAUCGUCAGAGCCAUCGGAGUCUCAGUUCUCUGAACCGUCUACUGAGACCCUUGUUGGCUCUCAGGAUAAUGUGCUGGUUGUUCAGGAUGGACUUCGAUAA